AUGCCGAAACGAAAGCGAUCAAGCAAUGAUGAAGAGGACGUCGACCGAAUCAUGCGCCGACGCAAACAAGCCGCCCAAGACGAAUUAAUCCGAAGCAAGAAACUUCUCCACCGAGCCUUAAAAACUGCCAAAGGAUUCGAGAGACAGAAAUUGAGCAAACGAUUAAAGCUCGCCACUGGGAAGAACGAAGCCAAUGAAAUCAAGCGCAUCAAUAGUGAGAUUGAGGCACUGAAAACGUUGGAUUUAGAUAAAGUGACCGUGGCACAAUUACACAGGAGUUUGUUGAAGAUUAGGGACUUUAAGGAUACUGAGAUAUUGCCAGAUGAGGUCAGGAAGGAGCUGCCGAAGCCGGAGGGGACUGAAGAGAAGGUUAAGGCUGUGCAUAAUAUUACCAGUGGGAUGUGCAAUGCUAAGCUGGUGAGGGAGGAGAUUAUGGGAGCGGUGGAGAGGAUGUAUGGUGCUAUGGGAAUUCCCAUUCCAAGAAAAGAACCGAAAGGGAAGACAGCGAAGGAAGCUGAUAAAAAUGCUAAGUUUAGUCGCAGAGAUGGGGAAGAGAAGGAGAUUUUGGCCGAGGUGGACGAGAAACCAACAGUUGUGAAACGCGAGGACGAUUCAGAAAAUGAUUCUGAGGACGAUUCUUGGGAUGGCCUUGACUCAAAUAAGGAGAGUGAAGGACCAGAAGGAGACGCCGAUGACCAAGAAUCAUUAGAUGAGGAAGAGCUCCAGCAAUUCGACGCACUACUCGGCGCCUCGUCUGACGAAGAAAGUUUUCACGAAGAUGACUGGCUACCGAAGGAAAGGCCGGAGCAAACUCGUUUCUCAUUCUCACCAGAGCCCUCAUUAUCGCCAUCAAUAUCAGAAUCUCUAUCAUCCUCUCCGGACCCGGAACCGGCAGCUGAAGUGCGACCAAAUAAAACCACCAAAUCAAAGUCAGAACCAGUGAAGCCAGGCAAUUCGACGUUCCUCCCAUCUCUCAUGGGUGGUUACUGGUCUGGAUCCGAGUCAGAACCAUCUGAUUUUGAAGACUCACGUCCAGUGAAGAAGAACAGGCCAGGUCAAAUGGCACGCCGAGCAAUAUGGGAGAAAAAAUUUGGCGAGAAAGCAAACCAUAUCACAAGCGGACAAGGCCCUGUUGCUUCUCGAGGGAAAGACGACGGAUGGGACGCAAAGCGGGGUGCUAAAGAUACCUCUGGCUCUGGGAGAGGAAGAGGAUCUCAUGCUAGAGAGAAUGCUACUCCUAUACAACCGAAGACGGAGCCAGUGAAACCGAAGAGAGAUGAUUUGGGGGUCUUGCAUCCUAGUUGGCAGGCUGCUAAGAAGGCGAAGGAGAUGAAGAAGACGGCUUCAUUUCAGGGGAAGAAGGUCACAUUUGAUUGAUUGUUCUUUUGAUACCCUAUUUUCCGUGCCGAGAAGUCGGUCUCGUCGUUGCAUAGUUCUGGAU